AUGUCAGGAAAAGUUUGUGUGAAAUGUCCCGAGGCAGCUGUUUUAGCAGGCGUAGAUGUGAAGAAGGCUGUUUAUUGUAAGAACUGUUUCAUUCAAAUGGUGAUACAUAAAUUCCGCUCAUCAAUCAGUAAGAAAAGAAUUUUCAAGGCAAUAAUUGUUUUUGAUGGGACUAGCUCAGGUGUUUUCCUCCUUCGACAAGUCAAAGAGUCCAUGGAGAUGUCAGAGUAUAAAAAGUUGAUGAUCAAACCCACGAUUUUAGUUUUAGUUUCUGCCACUGAGAAUGCAGAAAUUGAGAAGGUCGAAGCAAAAAUCAGAGAACUCAGGUUGAUAUUGUCGGACGUGCCUUGGUUUAUUGUGCAUGUGGCUUCGGCGCUGGCAAAACAAAAUUUCGUAAGAAGCGAAAAGUGCCAAGGAGUACAAGAGAUUAAUGCACUUGAUUUGCUCUUGAAGUCGUGUCAAACGCAAACUUCUAGAGCUGAAGUUAAACGAAUAUUGAUAGAGAAGACUUGUAUACAAGUGAGCAAAGCAUUGGGUAUAUCCAAGAUACUCGUGCCUGAGAACGGGGAUUAUCUGGGACGAUUGGCGUUAACACAGCUUUGUUUAGGACGAGGUCCGGCCGUUUCGGAACUAACAGCUGUAGUGGAUAAAAGAGCAAACAAAGUGUGGUUUGUGAGACCCUUACGGGAUAUAAAUAAGAAAGAAAUAGCGCUAGUGAAUCACUUGAAAGGUUAUGAGCAAGAUGUUAUAGUUUUGCAAAGAGACAAGCCUGCCGUGACGGAGCGUUCGAUUCAAUCAGCAACUACGCUGCUCGUGGACAACUUGUUAGCACAGGGCUAUAAGUCAACAAUAACAACCGUCUUGAGUACUGCUGGGAAACUACAUAUGCUGACAUCAGCCCAAUAUUGCUCAUUAUGCACCCUAAGCGGUGUAGAUAUAGGUUCUAACUUUUGUAAAAGUUGUUUGGAUUUGAAAAAAGAGCUGUCUGAACCUCAACUCUUAGAUCCGUUGUUAUUCUAA